AUGGUGCAUAAAAGCAGUAGAAAGCGCGCAUCGUCCAGUCUCUACGACAGGCUCUACACCCGGCACCUGGACUGUGCAGACCACCUGUGCAGCGGAGAGUCCUCCAACGUCGACACAGACAGCGGCAACGACGAGGUGUACGAGUCGGCUUUCAGUGCAACUGAGUCCUCGCCGUCGGACAGCCCGCAAAGGUCGCCAGAUGAGAGCGAUCGCUCAGAGUCCAUCCCGGCAGCUGAGCAAAAGCCAGCGCCUACGAGGGAACGGGUGAGCAGGAUCUCUCCACCAUCCUCCGGAGAUGAAGCAUCGAUGGACGUUGACCCCUUCUCGAAAGACGCCUUUGGUGAUUCGUCGAAGAAGGGGCGCUCGAACUGGAAGAAGAGUCUGAUCAAUGCCUUCACGGCAUAUGCAAAGGCGGCCAAAACAGCCGCUUUCAGGACCGACUCCACGCAAGAGAAGGAGCCCGAGCCUGAAGAAGUGGACGAUGUGUGGACGGAUUUCAUGAAUCCGAAGGAUGGGUCCAAGAGGGACAAGAAUACCAUAACUGGCACUGUGGAUGGCACGGACAGCGAGCAUGUGCCGUUGCAGAAGCGCGGAUUCUACACGAUAUUCCUGAGGAAUACGAAAGUGGCAGAGAAAAAGAAGAAGGACCAAUAUUUGUACAAAGUCAAGUUCACGUACAAGGUAAUAGACUGCAACCGCAGAAGGGAGGAAGUCAGGGUCAGAGGUAACGUGCCAUCGGGGAGCGGUGCUAGUACCUCAUUCAUUGCGCACGACAUAUUCGGAGACGACGGCUUCGGAUUGACCAACGAGGGUUCCGUCAGCGUCUCCAGCACCAUCAAGAUCAUACUGGUCUACGCGUCGGAGGACACUAUCGCUCAGUUCUCCAUAUCACACAAGCUCCUAAACACCAAUCCGUCGGUGCAGUACAAGAUCGUUUACGGCGGCUGGUGCUCGGCUGUGCCGCUCAGCAUCACGCCCAAGCUGGGGCUGCGCAUACUCUCGAUAGACAGCUGCGAGAAUCUCGGUACCACCGCGCUGGAGGCGUUGUACGCCAUUGAGAUGCGCAUCAGCGCAAUCAGACGAGAAAAGUGCAACAUAUCAGACUUCUUCGACGUCAUAUGUGCCACGGGAUCAGGUGCGCUCCUGGCGCUCUGCCUGCUCAAGGGGUACUCGGCAAGGGAGCUCAAGCUGCAGUGGCAGAGCAUCAUAUCGCAACUGUUCAAGUGGCCGCACUCGCUCACCUACGGGCUCAUGUUCGACCACGCGCACGGCAGCGACUACGUCAAGUCGUGGAUCGAGAUACUGGGCACCGAUUUCAUGUGCUCGAGGCCCAAGCCAUUGUGCAUGCUCACCUCGACCCAUAUCAAGCCGCAGGCGCACGAGCUCUUCAUGUUCAGAAACUACGCCAACAUGCACGGGCCGUAUGCCAAGACGGCGCUCGCGCCCAUGUGGCUGGCGGGGUGGGCUACCACCGCGCUGCCUACCUACAUCAAAGGCCCAAGCCACAGCUACCUCAGGGAGAUAGGCUGCAAAAUCGAACGCGAGGCGCAGUUCGCCGACGGGAAGUUCAUAUCCCUCAACCCGUCGCUCGUUGCCCUGCACGAGGUCAGCGACCUAUACGGGUACACGCUGCGGACGCUUAUCGAUGAAAACGUGGAGAUCUUCCUCUCGAUCGGCACUGCUAGGAAGGACUGCUCGCAGGCGAAGAUGCGCGACCCCGCGACCUGGCAGAUAGUGCUAAACUCCGGCACAUCCUCCGACAAAAUUGAACAGUCGCACAUGACGCAGCUCUUCGAGGAGCACCCAGAGAGGUACCACCGACUUGAGAUGCCGUACGUGCGCGGCUGCAAGCACGGAAAGACGGACAAAGAGGCCGUGGACACCACCUUCACCGCGGCGAUGGACGCAAUACAGUCCUCACUGCUCCGCACCGUCGACGCGAUCGCGCAGACGGUCAGCAAGUAA